CCUACCCUUGCUCUCUCCCGAUGGGUUUGUGCAGGAUUUUGGGCUGAGUCAGGAGAGGAGGGAUGCGGGGAGGUGGCAGCCUGUGCUCUGCCUCAGCCAGAGGAUGCCGCAGCUCGGCGCUGCCUUUUGACUUAUCCCUCGGAGCCCUCCACCCAGUCCCUCCAUGUCCAUAGCCAGCAAGCAUUUCUCUCAUCAUGAGUGCUGAAUUAAACGUGCCGGUGGAUCCUUCCACUCCUGCUUGCUGCUCUGAACCUGGCACCAAAGGCAUGGAUUAUCGGGACUGGGUGCGGCGCAGCUAUCUGGAAUUGGUCACAUCAAACCACCACUCCGUUCAAGCCCUUUCCUGGAGAAAAUUGUACCUGAGCCGAGCCAAACUGAAAGCUUCCAGCAGAACCUCUGCUCUGCUCUCUGGAUUUGCAAUGGUUGCCAUGGUGGAGGUGCAGCUGGAGGUGCAGUACAAGUACCCCCAGAUGCUGCUGAUCGCUUUCAGCGCCUGCACGACGGUGCUGGUGGCAGUUCAUCUCUUUGCCCUUCUCAUCAGCACCUGCAUCCUGCCCAACGUGGAAGCAGUGAGCAACAUCCACAACCUGAACUCCAUCAGCGAGUCCCCCCACGAGCGCAUGCACCCCUACAUCGAGCUGGCGUGGGGCUUCUCCACCGUCCUGGGGAUCCUCCUUUUCCUUGCAGAAGUCGUGCUUCUGUGCUGGAUAAAAUUCCUGCCCGUGGGCUCCAUCCUGAAAAACGAGACCGCCAACGCCGAGAAGCCCAGCGGCCACGCAGGUUGGCAGUCGGCCUUGGUCUCCACCAUCAUCAUGGUCCCAGUGGGUCUGAUUUUUGUCGUCUUCACCAUUCACUUCUACCGCUCGUUGGUGCGGCACAAAACGGAGCGCCACAACCGGGAGAUCGAAGAGCUUCACAAACUGAAAGUGCAGUUAGACGGGCAUGACAGAGGCAUGCAGGUAGUGUGACAGGGAGGCAGAGGCUGCUUCCAGCACACCGAGGCUACGAGCAAAAUCCCUGUUUGGCUAGUCGGUGAGAUGCCCCACUGGUGGAUUGUCUUGAGGCUUAAAUAUGUAAAUGCUAAUUGCCUGCCCUAUAUUGCUGUGGGUUCUAGCGCUGUUUCAGAUGCCGGGGUUUCUGGCCCGUUUCUGGUCCUACACACUCGCAGACUUAAAUCAACACUGCCGUGGAAUUCAAGGUCAAAACUUGAUCUACCUUAACUAUGGUUCAGGUAGCCAAAAAUCUGGGCUUUUUACAAAUGCAAUAUUCCAUUGCCAAAAGUCAAACUGCAUCAGCUGUUCAAAACACCAGUGUGUGUGUGUGUGUAGGAUCUGUCUUAUGUGUCAGAACUCCUUGGCUGUUGGUGCAGCAGCAAUUAACUGGCAGCUCGUUUCUAGAGCUGAGCUGGUUAAUGAGGGUAUCUGCAGCUGACUUGAGGACAUCCAGGAAAGCACAAUAGAAACUGUGAGUGUUGGUCACCUUUGUUCCAAAGCAAGUGUUCCAUAAAUACAUAACCAGAAAGAAAUCAGCCUUAGCUUUUAUAUUGUUUUUUUUUCUUCUUUUUUUUUCUUGCUAUUCCUUACUAUAUUUUUACAGCUGGGGAGGUAGAAUUUCGAAUUGCAGGAGGCUGGGAAGUUCUGUUGUACUUUAGCAUCUGUCACUUUAGGCUGAAUGAAUGCCAAGAUCAUGUAUUUUUUCCCAAUAAGAGGCAAAAGUGCCCAGGGAAGGCUUACAGGUGUUUUAGUUCUAACAAGGACAUUCUUAAAACAGAACAGUGACAGGGAAUUUAAUGAGACAAAACUUUGAAGGACUAGAAAAGCAAGUUUCAAGGAGGUAAGGAGUGACAGCAUAUAGCAUGUUGUAGAAAUCUGUCGCGAUGUUGUCUUCAUUUAUGUAUUAUUGCAGUGUCUUUGCCUGGUUUGCUGGAGAGAACAGUCCCCAGUCCUGCCUAUUUCAUCAGCUCUUUGGGUUUGGUUUUUUUUUUCUGUCAGCUGUAGCAUUUCUCUGUCAAAAAAGAACGCUUCCUUCCCCCUCCACCAAAGCAGGCAACUUUUCUGGUGGAACCUGGAGCAGUGCUGGCGAGUCUGACGGGGCUGGAUGCGGCGGGAGAGCUGUGUGCCAUUAAAGAGCUAUCGCCUUUCAUUUGAGCUGGCUUUCUCUCUCAGCAGCAGAGAAAACGAUACUUGCACGUCUGUAUUGCUUAGCAAGGGAAGCCUGUAAAUUCUGUAGCAUCCUUGUGGGUGAAAACUCCCGGAAAAAUGAUUUUAUGAUUUAUGGUAACUUCGCGGAGGGAAAAGAGUGGUUUGCAAUCAUCAGCUUUUUUUUAAGGGAAAGUGAGGCUUUCUGCCACACAGGGCUGAGAGGAGCAUGAGCACGUUUUCUUGGCCCUGAUCCUGUGCAGAUUUCCUGCUCUGCACUCCCAUGUUGCAGUUGCAGAGUGUCCCAGGCCUUAUAGGUCUCUGAAAUCAUUAAGGAUGUUUGUAAUGUUCUAUUUAACCCCGCUCCCUUAUUCCACUGGGAUUUGAGCAAUCUAAUGGCAGCGUAUUACAUGUCAGCUUCCCAGAACGGGGAGUACAGGCAAAUCCCAGUGCAGCAGGGUGAGACUUAUCCCUGUAUUCCUCUCUGUCGAGGGCCUGGGGAACCCAACUCUCAUCUCUCUUGUUUACAUGCGCGUUCGAGCAUCGCUGAACAAGUUGCUUAGCACUGUGUCUGUGGCUUUCAUCUGUUGUUCUUGCCGCAGUUGGCAUGUACCAUAUUGGCCGAUGUGCAGCAAAGAAAAUAGUCUUUGUGUGCUAAAUGACUAGUCUGUACUUAGGCACAUAUGUGAAAAAUCAGAAGUGUCCUCCAGGAAGUGGGUGGUCGUGAAAUUCAUACGAUCUCCCCAGGAGUCUGCCCUCUCUCCCUCCUCUUUUUACCAUAAUAAAAAUUAAAGGUUUAUACAACAAAAUCACAGCUGAGUUUUCUGCCAGUUAUUACACACGUAGGCUCUUCUACCAACAAAAUUUCUAUUGUGAGGCCAGAGCCAGACCAGAUAAGAUGACUCUCUCCUCUGUACUUUGCAGUCUUCCUUUAACAUCAGUAAUAAUAGGACUCUAUGUAAUGUGAAGCUCAAGGGGUUGAGGAAAGUAUUGAGCCGUUUUUUGUAAUUUAAAAAUAAAAAUUGAGCUUCACAGCGUGUACUCAGUGCUGUGAAAGCAAUGCAGCUCGCUUGGAAACAGCCAGAUCGUUCAUUUAAUUCUUUGCAAAUAUAAUAAAUUUCAGCAAAUGGAGAAAUGCA